UAAAAAGUCAAUUCCCAGUGAGAUUGUUUACUUGUUUAAGGAAUAUAUCAUAGGGGUUGCUAGCCUAAUCACUGAAAGAAACCAUACGAAGCAAGACAUAUGGUCUAUUUAGGUCGGACUCAAGUUUGAUAUUUCCCACUCGACAUGGGAAACUCUCCAGGAAAAGCCCUGGAAAACCCUCAAGGAGAAGAAGAUGAUGAAUCUAGCUUCACUUGCGAGAUCUGCAUCGAACCGACAUUGCCAAGCAAGAAAUUCAAGAAUGCAAACAUCUGCAGACACGCUUUCUGCCAAGAUUGCAUAGCCAAGUACAUAGAAGUUAAGGUCCAGGACAACACAGCGAAAAUCGAUUGCCCCGAACCAAGCUGCCAAUUCUAUUUAGAUCCUCUCAUAUGCAGGCCAAUGGUAUCGCCAGACCUAUUUUCAUCAUGGUGUGAUCUUUUGUGCGAGAGUUCUCUUCUAGGGUCUGAAAGAAGCUAUUGCCCCAACAGGAACUGCAUGGCUCUGGUGCUGAAUGAGUGCAGAGGGAAUGUGAAGAAAUCAAAAUGCCCCAACUGCAAGCAACUGUUUUGUUUCCAGUGUCAAACUGUGUGGCAUGCUGGUUAUCAGUGUGAAGAGAGUGAGCAAAUAAGGGAUAGGAAUGAUGUUCUUUUCGGGCAGCUUGUUGAGAGAAAGAAGUGGACUAGGUGCCCUGCUUGUGGUCAGUGCAUUGAGCGUCUCGUAGGUUGCUCUCUUGUUAAAUGCAGAUCAAAGGAAGCUGUGGGGAUACUAACAUCCAUCAAUAGACUAAUAAGAAACAGAGGAUUCUUUUUUGUUUGUUUGUUGGGGGGUGUUAUGAUGGGCAGAGAAACUAAAGAGGAAGAAAGUAAUGGUAUUAACAUUGUUGAUGAUGAUGGGGUGCAGAUGCAAGACAGAGUUUUGCUACCAGUGUGGGAAAAAGUUAACGAGCAGGGGAUGUGGAUGCAAGCUCAGUUUGGGAAAUAUGAUGAUGGAUGUCAAUUUGUAUCCUCUCCUGUAUAUAGUUGUGGUCUUCCUUUUCGUUAUUGUUUGGCUUAGUAUGCACUCUGUUUCCUUGAGAGGCAAUAAUGGAUGACCAUAUGUAUAUAUUUUACUCUUGCAUUAACAUUUCACCCUGCUUCAACUCAAACAUAUAUGUAUAUGCUUGUUUAGUCUUUGAUCAA